AACAUAACAUACAAGUUAAGAUUAAUUUUCAGUAUGUCUCGUAUCUUCAAUUCUUUUACUGAAGUUAUUGAUAGAACGAAUAAUUUUGUAAAAUGGCCUGAAAAAAAACAUUGGAGGUUAUUUACAUUAUGAAACCUGAUAUCAAUACUACAAACUUGUAAGCAGGCUUUGGUUUUUGAAGAUCGAAUACUGAAAAAGAACCAAAAAAUCAUGAUAAUACAAAUUUUCAAAGUAAUAGCAAGUUUGUUAAUGGGUGUAUCUUGUAUAGAGACUGUAAAAAGACAUGAAAUGAUUUUAUUCGACUUUACAACAGCCAAUAAUGUCAAUAUGUGGAGUGAAAUAUCAGACACAGUCAGAGAAGUUGGAGCAUCUAAAGCUUCUUUAGUUCUCCAAAAAACCAGAGUCUUCCAAAGAGGAGUAUUUUUUACUCUUCUUAAUCCUCAGCCUAAUGGCGCAUGUUUUGCUGGUGUACGUAUGCCAGUUGAAUGGAACUUAUCUAAUUACCAGAAUAUUCAAAUCACUUGUAGAGGACAAGGAAAGAAUGACCGUUAUAAAAUUGUUUUAAGGCACAGACAUCAAAGUGCUAACAAUGAUACAGAAUACGAACAAAUUUUUGUGGCUCCAACUGAAGGAUUUUCUACUGUAACCUUACCUAUGUCAGAAUUCAAAGCUUACUUUCGUGGUCAACCAGUACCAGACGCUGAGCCUUUAGAUACAACUGCUAUAACAAUGUUUGGCCUCCAAGUUUUUGGUGGUGUUUACGAAUCAUAUAAACAAAGUGGAGUCUCAGCUUUAGAGAUAGAAAAAAUAAUUGCAACAGAAUAAAUAAUAAUUAAUAUACUGUUUACUACAUUUUCAUAAAUAUUUCGUAAAAAUUACUUAAAAUAUAAUAAAUAUAAUCAAUAUUGUUUAAUAAUUCAAAAUUUAUUACAUAUUGUCUUUAUUCUCUUGUGAGUGAUAUAAAAGAUAGAUGGA